GUCCAACUUGCUCCCCAUCCAGGCAGGAUGCUCUUUCCUGAUGGGCAUAGCGGCCGUUUCUGGUCCGUGUGGAGGUGUGUGCAAAUCGGCACAGUGCCUGCGUCCCCUGGGUCGGCUUGCGCUCCUGCUAUAAUUUCGUUUCAUUCCACCAGCGACCAAACCCAACUCGGUUUAAAAGGAAAAGAGAAAUGGAACUGCGUGUAGCCGCCCUCAGCAUCUGCUAACAUGCUAACUGCGGGGCCCGUGUGUUUAAGAGCACAUUCUAGGGGAAAUUCUGACAUUGCAAGCCGCCGCCCUUUCUCCCUGCGCUGGGUUUGGCUGAUUUCCAGAGCAUCGAGGCCAGCAAUUGAGGGACUGAAAUCUCAUCGGUGGCAAUACAUUCGCACCCCGAGAGCCCUUCGCAGCCUCCAGAGGCUCCAGGGACCGUGGAAGCAGCACGCUAGCCCCAGCUCCUGGCUGCCGGACUCCGGAGGGAGGGAAGAUUGGAUCGCCAUGUCCCAGCAGAAGUGCAUCGUGGUCUUUGCCCUGGUGUGCUGCUUUGCCAUUCUCGUUGCCUUGAUAUUUUCGGCCGUGGACAUCAUGGGAGAGGAUGAGGAUGGACUGUCAGAAAAAAAUUGUCAAAAUAAAUGUCGAAUUGCCCUGGUGGAAAAUAUUCCUGAAGGCCUUAACUAUUCAGAAAAUGCACCAUUUCACUUAUCACUUUUCCAAGGCUGGAUGAACUUACUCAACAUGGCCAAAAAGUCUGUUGACAUAGUGUCUUCCCAUUGGGAUCUCAACCACAGUCAUCCAUCAGCAUGUCAGGGUCAGCGUCUUUUCGAAAAGUUGCUCCAACUGACUUCUGAAAGUGUUGAGAUCAAGCUAGUGAGUGAUGUAACAGCUGAUUCAAAGGUAUUAGAAGCCUUGAAAUCAAAGGGAGCCGAGGUGACCUACAUGAACAUGACCGCCUACAACAAGGGCCGGCUGCAGUCCUCCUUCUGGAUCGUGGACAAACAGCACGUUUACAUCGGCAGUGCUGGUUUGGACUGGCAAUCCCUGGGACAGAUGAAGGAACUCGGUGUCAUCUUCUACAACUGCAGCUGCCUGGUCCUAGACUUGCAAAGGAUAUUCGCUUUGUAUAGCUCAUUAAAGUUCAAGAGCAGAGUUCCUCAGACUUGGUCCAAGAGGCUCUAUGGGGUCUAUGACAAUGAAAAGAAAUUGCAGCUUCAGCUGAAUGAAACCAAAUCGCAAGCAUUUGUGUCGAAUUCUCCCAAACUCUUUUGCCCUAAAAACAGAAGCUUUGACAUCGACGCCAUCUACAGUGUAAUAGAUGAUGCCAAGCAAUACGUGUAUAUCGCGGUCACGGACUACCUGCCCAUCUCCAGCACGAGCACCAAAAGGACUUACUGGCCAGACUUGGACGGGAAAAUACGAGAAGCCUUGGUUUUACGGAGUGUUAAAGUUCGACUCCUCAUCAGCUUCUGGAAGGAAACGGACCCUCUCACGUUUAACUUUAUUUCGUCUCUUAAAGCUAUUUGCACUGAAAUAGCCAACUGCAGUUUGAAAGUUAAGUUUUUUGAUCUGGAAAGAGAGAACGCUUGUGUUACAACAAAAGAACAGAAGAAUCACACCUUCCCCAAGUUAAAUCGCAACAAGUACAUGGUGACAGACGGCGCAGCUUAUAUUGGAAAUUUUGACUGGGUAGGGAAUGACUUUACCCAGAAUGCUGGCACGGGACUUGUCAUCAACCAGGCAGAUGUGAGGAACAACACAAGCAUCAUUAAGCAACUUAAGGAUGUAUUUGAGAGGGACUGGUACUCGCCCUACGCCCGAACCUUGCAGCCCACCAAGCAGCCGAACUGCUCAGGCCUCUUCAAACUCAGACCCCCCUCCAACAAAACUGCCACCUACAAUGCAAGUGGAAAGGACCCCUCGAGCGUAUCAUCUGAAUGAACCAACCUUGUAUUUCACAUUUCUAUAAAGAGGACUUGAGGAGAGAAACACAAUUUACUAUGUCUUUUUUAGGGGAAAAGCACACAUCAAAAAAAAUAUUCUCUGAAUGACAUGUAACAUCGAACAAUAUCGUAGCGGCGCGUACCUCUCAAUUGAAGACUUUUGUAUCUGUCACCUCGGACGGAGAAUGUCCUUUUGGCUUGGAAGUUCGUUUUUACGUUUGCAUACCAAUUUUAAGACUUUGAUGCCUCUUCCUUUCGAGUUUUAGAACUUUUUUCUACUGACCCCCUGGUCAGUUCUUCGGAAGCUUCGCAUGAGGUAAGCUCUUUGACACCCAUUCUGAGAACCGCUGACUUAGGGGAUGUUGCCCCAGAGACGAGACUGAUCGCAUCCGUUGUUUGUCUUUGGAACCCGUUUCCAAGACCUACCCCGUCAUGUGAGCGUGAACAGCUCACAUCUCCUGCCCAUCUCCAACACCCUUGGGAAAACGCCCUCGGUACCUCCUCGUGCAUUUUUUUCCCUAGUACCACAGCUUUUAGUUUCCAUCCUUUUCUCUUCUCACCAAAUAGUAGGUAGCAUCCCUCUCGUCACCCAAACAUGAGCUCCAAGUGUGACUGUAUCUUUUGAAAAUGGAUGGAUUGCUCAGAAUGGAUGCAAACUGUAAAAAGCAGUCUCUAAUUUUCACCCUUCAACUGCACUUUUCCCUACCAAAUCGAGAUUUUAAAACCACAGCCAGCAAUAUGUAUCCUUCCUCUCAAGCUCAGAAAAAUUAUGUAGCCGCCUGCUAAUAUUCAGCAAGCUAUUACGCCUGCAUUAGGAGAAUAAAGUAGGUUUUCACAUUUUUGUUUAGUU